AUGGCAGCCCUCAGGCCCCUGACAAAACCCAAGAUUGUCAAAAAGCGGACAAAGAAGUUCAUCCGCCAUCAGUCUGACAGAUAUGUCAAGAUUGCGAAAAACUGGCGCAAACCCAGAGGUAUUGACAACAGAGUCCGCAGGAGGUUCAAGGGUCAGAUGCUGAUGCCCAACAUCGGUUAUGGUAGCAACAAGAAGACUAAGUUCAUGCUGCCAACUGGCUUUAAGAAGUUCCUCGUGCACAAUGUCAAGGAGUUGGAAGUCCUGAUGAUGAGUAACAAGACUCACUGUGCUGAGAUCGCCCACAACGUCUCUUCCAAGAACAGGAAGAUUAUUGUGGAGAGGGCCGCUCAGCUGGCAAUCAAGAUCACCAACCCCAACGCCAGGCUCAGGAGCGAGGAGAACGAAUAA